GGGCUUGACGACAGCAUUCAGACUCACUCGGGGAAUGCACCCUGGCGUCCCCCUGCGAAGUUUUCUUCAACAUUUUCGUUAAACCACGGCUGACUGCGAAAUGGACACCGCGGUAUACACCUCGGUGGUGAAGUAAAGAGCAGACUUAACGGUCAGUGUUCUGCAAUUGAACAUCUACGUCUCAUCACUGUGAUUCAAACCAGGGCUGGAUCUCAUCAUACUUCGAAAUCUGCUACACCAGCUCCCAGCCGCUAUGUCCUAGCUAACAGCAGCCUGGCCCCCCACCCCUGAUCAUCUUGUCCCUCUCUCUGUCCUCCUCCCUGUCCCUGUCCCUCAUCUCCUCUCCUGAUGUUGUGAUUUUUGGUCGUAGCACCAGCGGCGUCCCUUCUGGCGUGAUGAGCAGCCUGCAUCAUGGCAGCACAGGCUCAGAGCGAGACCUUCACUCUGCUGCCUCCUCUGUUAGCCUCCCCUCAGUUCGCAAGACCCCCAAGAAGCGCCGUCUGUCCCUCCAUUCACUCUUCGGCCGACGACGCCGGCCUGAGCGCGACCCCAAGCGCAAGUCCAGGCCACUACAGGUUGCCUCUGGAGUGGAUGGCAUUGUCAGCACUGAAAAUGUCCAGGCAGAGACUUUCCAGGAUAAAACCUCUGCCCAGUCCACACUUGCAGCAGUGUCAACUUCAUCAGUGUCGGGUUCUUCAUCAGAGCUGCUGGAGUGCCCUCUGUGCCUACUGCGCCAUGCACGGGACCGCUUCCCAGACAUCAUGACCUGCCACCACCGCUCCUGUGCAGACUGCCUGCGACAGUAUCUGCGCAUCGAGAUUUCAGAGUCUCGAGUUAACAUCUGCUGCCCCGAGUGCUCAGAGCGCUUCAACCCCCACGAUAUUCGGAUGAUCUUGGGGGACCGGGCCCUUAUGGAGAAGUACGAGGAGUUCAUGUUGAGGAGGUGGCUGGUGGCUGAGCCAGACUGCCGCUGGUGCCCUGCCCCCGACUGCGGAUACGCUGUCAUUGCGUUUGGUUGUGCCAGCUGCCCAAAGAUCACCUGUGGGCGUGAGGGCUGCGGGACAGAGUUCUGCUACCACUGCAAACAGCUGUGGCAUCCCAACCAGACAUGUGACACAGCACGGCAACAAAGGGCCCAAACCUUCAGGCUGAGGAGUUUCAGGUCCUCCUCUCUCAGCUACAGCCAAGAGAGUGGAGCUGCAGGUGAUGACAUCAAGCCUUGCCCUCGCUGCGCUGCCUACAUCAUCAAGAUGAAUGAUGGAAGCUGUAAUCACAUGACCUGUGCUGUCUGUGGCUGCGAGUUCUGCUGGCUCUGCAUGAAGGAGAUCUCUGACCUGCACUAUUUAAGUCCAUCAGGCUGCACCUUCUGGGGGAAGAAGCCCUGGAGCAGAAAGAAGAAGAUCCUCUGGCAGCUCGGCACGCUGGUGGGCGCACCCGUUGGCAUCGCCCUCAUAGCUGGCAUUGCCAUCCCAGCAAUGAUCAUUGGCAUCCCAGUCUAUGUUGGCAGAAAGAUCCAUAAUCGCUAUGAGGGCAAAGACAUCUCUAAACACAAGAGGAACUUGGUGAUAGCUGGUGGUGUGACGCUGUCUGUGAUUGUGUCACCUGUAGUUGCAGCAGUCACUGUCGGUAUCGGAGUCCCCAUUAUGCUUGCUUACGUCUAUGGAGUUGUCCCCAUCUCACUGUGCCGGAGCGGCGGCUGUGGUGUGUCUGCUGGCAACGGCAAAGGGGUGCGGAUCGAGUUUGACGACGAAAAUGACAACAUUGGAAGUGGAGCAGCAGCUACAGACACAACCUCAGUGGCGGAGACUCGGCUCAAUAAUCCCAGCCUUGGAGAUGGAGCGAGUGUCGGCGGCCUGACUGGCCUGAGCCUCAGUGUCAGCGGGAGCCACAUGGAGCGCUGCGGCAUGAGCUCCGCUCAGCGGGAUAACAUGAGCGACAACGCCAGCACCACUGCCCUCGCUGGGACCAGCAUCACCGGCAGCCUCUCUGGCAGCUGCUACAACAGGAUGGAGGUGCAGGCUGAUGUACAGAAGGAGCGCUGCAGUCUGAGUGGAGAGUCAGCCACCGUCAGUCUCGGGACAAUCAGUGACAACGCAAGCACAAAAGCCAUGGCAGGAUCCAUCCUCAAUGCCUACAUGCCUCUGGAAAGGGACAAUAGUCUGGAAGUUCAGGCAGACGUGGAGUCCAAACCGGAGAAGGUGAGGCACUGCAGCGCCAGCAGCAGCCUGGAUGAAGCCAGCUGCAGCAGUAGCACCGCUGGCCUAAAAGGUGCCAGCGGAGGCACGUGCUCAUGCAGCGCUGCAAGCUGCUGUGCGCAGCACGACAACCACUGCUGCCCAUCAUCGCCCUGGUCAAAGGAACCUUCCACUUCAGGGGGCAAGAAAAGCAAAGGAAAGCUUUGGAAAAGAGCCAGCAGCUGCAGCAAAGGAGAAACUAAAAUAAACGAGACACGGGGAGAUAUGGAUGCUCAGCUCCUGGAGCAGCGCAGCACCAACUCCUCCGAGUUUGACUCUCCGUCUCUGAGCGGAAGCCUGCCCUCAGUGGCCGACUCACACUGCAGCCACCUCUCAUCAGAGCUCAGCUGCUCAGAUCCUGAAACCUCAAGACCAGCUCAUCAACCCUGCUGCGCCCCAAUGGACCAUCACCCAGCUACCGCCUUCAACGAUGUCACCAUCUCACCCAUGCCUGAGGUCGAGCACGACCGCCUGGAGCACUAUCCACCUCAGAGUAGCCACGCAGCCUUCACCCACCGCCUGCUAUCAUCAUCUCCACCUGCGUCACCAAAGGAGGGAAGCAGCGGGACGUUUCUGUACAUCAGCGAGGAGGGCGCAGGCGGCGGCGCAGACACAGAGCCUGAGAAAGAUCAGAAAGUAAAAGAGAGCACCAAAAACACUGCCGCACAGCCUGUAAGCCCAACAAGGAAGCGCUGCAUACAGACGGACAUCUAAAGGAAGCCUCCUCCUCUUUGGGUGCUGCUAGCUCAGUUAGCCUUAUCACCUAAUUUCACUCUUGAGUGCAUCUGGGGAAACCAGUGGUCAAGUUUAAGUCUAAUUAUAUUUUUAUCUGCUGUGAAGGCAGGAAUAUGAUGUGAAUGUCAGUCUAUACAGUUACAAAGAAGGUAGAAGUUGGAAAGAGAUGUUGUGACUUAAGCGAACAAGAGCACAGUAAAGUCAGAGCAGACGAGUUGCUUUUGUCGUUCAGCGACAGAACAAGCAGAUGCGUGUGAACCAGAUGUUUUGGCUAGGUCGAGUUGAAUGUAUGAAGACAGGUGUAAAGUGUGUUAUCAGGGUGGCGUGAUACUACAGAAGGCCCAUCCAGCUGUUAUGAUGAUCUGCAAAGUCCCUGAAUGAUUUUCCAAAUGCAAGCUCACAAAAAAAAGCAGAACUGAUAAAAGCUGGAUAGGAAAAAGAAAAAUAUACAUUCAAUAGGAACCUGAGCUGCUAUUUUAAACCCUGAACUUAUCUUUCAGUGUGGCAUCUGCAAAAAUCUGGAUGCCUAGCAUGAAUCAGGGAUGGAUACAUCAUCACUGUGGUCCACCGCUGUGCCACCAGGUCAUUCUGUGACUUCUUAAAGCAGCAUGAGAAACACCACAGCUAAAGGAUUGUUGAACCUCAGAGGGACCAGUCCAUACAGUAGCAAAUUCUAUUUUUCCAUAAUCACCUAUACAAAAAAAAAAUAUUAUUGUUGCUUUUUGUUUAAAAUGUGACUCCUGUUUUUUUUUUUUUUGUGCUUUGUCUUUGCUUAUUUUUUAUUUUCCAUUUUGGGAAAGUUGGUUUUAAUGUUGAAGCCCUUUGUUGGGUCCAAACCUUUUAGUAUAAUUCGGGUGAAGAUGACUCAAACUGUAGCCUUUUAAAGUAUUGUGGAUUUAAGACAGUUGCCAACUUGCAUUAAUCCACCUUCACAAAGCCCCGUUGUGCACUGCUUAAAAAUAGCUUUUGUUUGUGGUUGCUCCUGUGCAAAUGUAACCCAAGUUUUCACAGCAGUUUUUAGUCUAUCACAGAAUUAUGAAAGGUAUUUUAGCGAAAGGGAGAAAAGCAGACAUGGUCAAUUUCUUAGUUCGAAACUGUAGCAUUUCUUACAAUUUAUGGGGCUUAUCAGCAACUAAAACUGGAGAGUAAGAGAACCAGUGUAUUUGCAAUAAGAGGCUCUGAUCUACUUGUGCAAUGAGAAUAUACUCGUGUAUUUCAUUCUGAUUUAUUAUUCAGUAGUGAAUUUAUAAAGAUAAAAGGUAUCCAAAUCAAAAUAUAAUUUUUGAUUUUUUCCUUUGGGUGUAUUUUAGCUACGAAGUGUUUUUAAUUUGUUCUCUUAAAUCCUCGCAAAUGAUUAAUGCAAAUAAUUUUCUAUUUGUUGGACCCACAGUGCCUUUUGGAGGAGGAAAUCCUUUGUACAGUGUUUUUAUUUGUAUUUCCUCAUUCUGUACGUCCUGAGUGAGUUUAUUACGUUUGCCUCGAAACGCUUGAAAUCUGAUGCUAAAUCUUCACCUUCCCCUCAGCGCUAAUGCUAGCCGUCACACUAGCUUGUUCAGCCGACCAAAGACUGCUCUCAGGCUGCUUGACAGAACCGCUAAUAAUGUUUAUGAUACCCAAAAGAUUUCAUUUUAGAAAUCAACUUGUAAUACCCAAGGUCAGAAAAGUGACCUCCCCGGAUUAGAAAACAACAUUGGAUUUAAACAAGGUCUUUAAAUAUCAAGACCAAAAUGGCUUUUUUUUUUAGGAAGAAUAUUUUAAAAAUGUUCCCCCGACAGUAGCCAAAGUCAGCUCACCCGUGUUGUUGGUCAGCUCUGUUUGGCUAUAAAACCCCGUCCAUCCAAACCUAUCAGCAUUUUGAGCGUCAGAUGUUCGUGUUCGGCAGCUGUUGUAAAUUUUCAGCCUGACCACAGAUUACUCUGCUGGAACGUCUACCAGACGAGCUCAGCGUGAUACGUCUGGGAGCAGAGAGUUGGCGGUGUUGACUAAAAAGAGUUAAAGAGCUGCAGGAUAUUCCCACCCUGUUUAUGUUCCUUCUGUUAAAUUCCUGUAAGUUUUAUAUUCUUAUUUGAAGACUAGUGCCAGGUCUAUUUUCUAACUUGGUCAAAAGAAGCUUAUGCGAUUUGAAAAAGUAUAUAUUCCCUAAUUAUUUGCUUUAUAAUGUGCAUGUAAAUGCAUAUCCUUAAACAAUAAAAAUCUCAAUAAAG